AUGGGUAGCAAGAAGCUCAGAAGAGUGGGCUUAUCACAAGAGCUGUGUGACCGUCUGAACAGACAUCAAAUUGUUACCUGUCAGGACUUUUUAUGUCUUUCCCCACUGGAACUUAUGAAGAUGACUGGCCUUAGUUAUCGAGGUGUCCAUGAACUUCUGUGUAUGGUCAGUAGAGCCUGUGCCCCACAGAUGCAAACGGCUUAUGGGUUAAAGAUGCAAACAUCUGCCUCUGUCUCACCAGUGUUCUUAGCUACAACUCUUUCUGCGUUGGAUGAAGCCCUGCAUGGUGGAGUGGCUUGUGGAUCCCUCACAGAGAUUACAGGCCCACCAGGUUGUGGAAAAACUCAGUUUUGUAUGAUGAUGAGCAUUUUGGCCACAUUACCCACCAACAUGGGAGGAUUAGAAGGAGGUGUUGUAUACAUCGACACAGAGUCAGCAUUUAGUGCUGAAAGACUGGUUGAGAUAGCAGAAUCUCGUUUUCCCAGAUAUUUUAACACUGAAGAAAAAUUACUUUUGACAAGCAGUAAGGUUCAUCUUUAUCGGGAACUCAGCUGCGAUGAAGUUCUACAAAGAAUUGAAUCUUUGGAAGAAGAAAUUAUUUCAAAGAGAGUUAAACUUGUAAUUAUUGACUCUGUUGCUUCCGUGGUAAGAAAGGAGUUUGAUGCACAACUUCAGGGCAACAUGAGAGAAAGAAAUAAGUUCUUGGCCAGAGAAGCUGCCACCUUGAAGUAUUUGGCUGAGGAAUUUUCAAUCCCAGUUAUCUUGACGAAUCAAAUUACAACGCAUCUAAGUGGAGCCCUAGCUUCCCAGGCAGACCUGGUGUCUCCAGCUGAUGAUUUGUCCCUGUCUGAAGGCCCUUCUGGAUCCAGCUGUGUGACGGCUGCCCUAGGAAACACCUGGAGUCACAGUGUGAACACCCGGCUGAUUUUCCAGUACCUUGGUUCAGAGAGAAGACAGAUUCUCAUUGCCAAGUCCCCUCUGGCUCCCUUCACCUCAUUUGCUUAUACCAUCCAGAAGGAAGGCCUGGUUCUUCAAGGCCUUACAUGUAACGAGAGUUACUGUACAGCUGUCCACCAGACCCCACCCGGGAAAGUCUCCAUUUAA